GGCCUUUUCAAUAGGCCAUCAUGGCGGAAACAAAAAAGAAGGUUCCGCAGGUGCCAGAGACCCUCUUGAAAAAGAGGAAGAGGAAUGAAGAAGUUCGAGCCAAGAGGGCCAAGGCUGCUAUUCUCAGCAAAAAGAAAACGGCUGCAAAGAAACAGGCUAUCUUUAAAAGAGCUGAGAAAUACAUCAAAGAAUACCGGGCCAUGGAGAAAGAUACCAUCCGUCUCCAUAGAGAGGCUAGGAAACACAACAACUUCUACGUCCCUGAUGAACCCAAACUGGCAUUCGUUGUGAGGAUACGAGGUAUCAACGGAGUCCAUCCACGACCCAGGAAGGUGAUGCAGUUGUUCCGCUUGAGACAGAUCAACAAUGGUGUGUUCAUUCGCCUGAACAAAGCCACGAUCAACAUGCUUAGAAUUGCUGAGCCAUUUAUUACAUGGGGAUACCCAAACCUGAAGAGUGUGAAAGAGCUUGUUUACAAGCGUGGUUAUGCCAAGGUUGAUGGUAGGAGAAUCCCACUUACUGACAACUCUAUCAUCGAGAAACAAUUAGGUCAAUAUGGCAUCAUCUGUAUGGAAGAUCUGAUCCAUGAGAUCUACACUGUCGGACCCAACUUCAAAGCUGCAACAAACUUUAUGUGGCACUUUAAGAUGAACACGCCCAACGGUGGCUGGAGAAGGAAAUACAACCACUACAACGAUGGUGGAGACUUCGGCUGUCGGGACACACAGAUUAACCCCCUGCUCAGGAGGAUGAUUUAGAUGUGAAUUUAGGGACUGGUCUUGUCUUGGUGGCAAAACAUUAAAUUAAUAAAGGUCACCUUUGAUGGGAAAACAG